CGUAUCACGUGAGUUCGAGAAAAGUCAGGAAGCAGACAAGCGCAAACAAUUUAUUGUACAAAUAUCAAAUGUAUUAACUGCACGUUAACUCGAUUUAGGCUUUUGUUAUCAUGGAGUCGACCCUCGAGCAACAUCUUGAUGAUACCAUGAAGAAUCCAGCCAUUGUCGGAGUUCUCUGCACGGACCAACAGGGACAUAUUCUAGGCUGUCGUGGCUCUCUGUCUGAUGAGCAUGGUGGAGUGGUGUCUGUACUGGCCAGACAGGUAGCCUCUCUCACCAAAGACCCUACAGACAGCCCCACAGUGUGUCUGGAGUCAGAUUCAGGGAAUAUUCUAGUGAGAGCACAUGGAACCAUCACAGUAGCUGUUCAUAAGAUGUCGUCAUGAAGUCGCCUGAUGAAGAUGGAGGAGUCUGUUUAUGUUUGUGAAGCUGUUUGUUCACUAAUGCUAAAUAAUCCCACACAAUACUGCCCUACCAAGCAAAAAAGGGCAGUAACUGCUUGGAACUGAGAAAAAUGGCUUUUAUUUACCUUGGUUUAGCAGUUACUGCUAACAUGACCCCCAUUUUCUCCAAAACGCAAUACAAUGGAGGCAGGAUACUUGUCCACAUGAUUAAGCAUGGAUUUAGUGUGACCAAAUGAGCAGUUAUUGCUGUUUUGCUUGGUAGAGCAGAAUACAUGGUCUGGAUCUAGGAGGUCACAUGCAGGUGUUAGAAGAUUCCAUUUCUUCUUCUUCAACUGUCUGUUUGGCCAAGAGUCAUAUUUUAUCUGCCUGUUUGGCCAAGAGUCAUAUUUAUCUGCCUGUUUGGCCAAGAGUCAUAUUUAUCUGCCUGUUUGGCCAAGAGUCAUAUUUAUCUGCCUGUUUGGCCAAGAGUCAUAUUUAUCUGCCUGUUUGGCCAAGAGUCAUAUUUAUCUGCCUGUUUGGCCAAGAGUCAUAUUUAUCUGCCUGUUUGGCCAAGAGUCAUAUUUAUCUGCCUGUUUGGCCAAGAGUCAUAUUUAUCUGCCUGUUUGGCCAAGAGUCAUAUUUAUCUGCCUGUUUGGCCAAGAGUCAUAUUUAUCUGCCUGUUUGGCCAAGAGUCAUAUUUAUCUGCCUGUUUGGCCAAGAGUCAUAUUUAUCUGUCUGUUUGGCCAAGAGUCAUAUUUAUCUGUCUGUUUGGCCAAGAGUCAUAUUUAUCUGUCUGUUUGGCCAAGAGUCAUAUUUAAAAGACGAGUCCAUACUAUUUGAGUUAUGUUUUGUGUAAGUUAAUAGGUCUGAUCAGUUUUUGUGCCAAUAUUUGUUGACCUGGCAAUUACUUUUUGGGACAUUUUUAAUCUGCAAUCAUGUCUGAUUUCAAAUUCCUGUAGAGAUACUGUAUUCAUAUUAAAAGCAAUGUAACAUCAA